AAAGACAACAGAACUCCACAUUUGAGUCGAGAGUUUCAAGUUAAAUUUUUCGUGAAACAGUUGCAAUUUCCUUCCGCUGAAAAAUCAACCCCCACCUUCGGAAAGCAGGUCGCCAUCGCAGUUAAGUUCAUCGAACUUGCACCAGAUACAGAUCCGGAAGUCUGUGAAUCAAUAUUAUUUGAAGAAAAAUGGCAGAUAUUCCAUUUGUGCUCAACCUGGACUCACCGGACUCCAUGUACUAUGGUCACGAUAUGUUUCCCAAUCGGCUCUAUCGGAGGCAACACUCUCGCCACCAUGAGCCCCUGGAUUUGCAUACGCUGGGGUUGGUUGCUCGUAUUGGGGCUCAUGCUCACCAUCUGGUGGCCAAGAAGCAUAAGGAUGAGCUGGGCAGCCGUGGCGCUGGCAAGGAUAAGCACGGCAACUUUGAGGUCAAACUUGAUGUCGGACUGUUUGAGCCAGAGGAGCUAACCGUUAAGCUGGUGAACAAUUGCGUGGUCAUCGAGGGAAAGCAUGAGGAGCGGGAGGAUGACCAUGGUCACGUAUCCCGUCACUUUGUGCGUCGCUAUCCGGUGCCCAAGGAGUACAACGCAGCAGCGAUUGCCACAACAUUGAAUGAUGAAGGUGUGCUGUCCAUCACAGUGCCUCCGUUAGCUGCUCCGGAGGAUGUAGAAGAGCGUAUUAUUCCCAUUAAGCAUGUGGGUCCAGCCGACUUGUUUGUGCAGCCAAAGAACAUUCCAACCACGGAGCAGAGUGAAGAAAAACCUAAGAAAUCGGACUAAGUGGAGUUGUGUCAGCAGCCAAGUGAUUUAGCAAGACUCUCAAUGUAAUUGCACCCGCUAGGAACUAAAGUUAUGCACGUCCAAUUUUUAUAAUUCAUUUCAGUAAUUUCAAUAUUAAUACAUAUAAUUAUUCAACAUAAUCAAAUUAGACUAAUUGCUACUCAUAUAAUAAUUAAUCAGUAUUAAUAAACUUAUUUUGAAAACCUA